AUGAAGUGCCCUGAUGCUCCUAAAAUUUUGGGAGGGAAGGCCUUGAUUAAAUCAUCCAGACCGGGGACAGCAUUAGCGCGAGGAAUCAGGCAAGAGGAUAGGGACGGCUGGACGAAGACUGACGGCUGCGUCGAAGAUAUACUACGAUUGGGCCUCAAGCGAUAUUGCAAGCGAGCUCCCAUAAUGUGGGGUAAAUCCGGAAAUCGAUUUGUAUGCACAAUGCAGAAGUUCAGGCUUGCACCCGCCCCGAGGGCAGUAUAUCUAGAGGGCUUGAAGAGAGCAGAGUCUAGCGAUCAACCGCUCAUCCUAUCCUCACCAGUCAACCUACCUACAGCCCAAAACUCUUCACAGCACCCCAAGCAGGCCGUGUUUCGCAACAUAAAUGGCUGGCCGACUUGGACGCAAGAAGAGCUUUCAACUCCUGGCGCAGGACCUUCAAGGUCCCGCUCCAACGAUGAUGCGCGCAUCGCGCACAGCCGUGAAGGGCUCCAUGUCCCCCAAAGCGGAGCCGGCUACACUUCGCCCAACUAUGCGCGCAUGCGCUUAGAGUGGCGCGAAGCGGGCUCGCAGUUCCCCGUCGUGUCUGCCCACCCGGCCCCCUCCUUCGUCACUCCCCCAUUCCCCUUUCCCGCCCACAUCGCAGUUGCACCGCAUACUGAAAGAGCCGCACAGUCCCACUCCAGUGGGAUUACCGUCCCCCCGCCCCACCCGCCACAUUUCCCACCACGCAGCACAGGAAAGCUCGACGUCGACUAA